GCUUAGCACCUUAUCUCAACCCUAAAGCUUCGCAUCUGCUACCUCCUUCUUUAAUUCCUUUCCCUCACUUCCAAUUUCACCAAUAACAGUUCUGCAAAUUUCUUCUUUCUCUCACUACGGAUUUCUUCCUUUCUCUCUCUAAAAACCCACCUCGCUCCUGCAAUUCAUCUAAAUUUGCCUUCUCUUACUACCCAUUUCUCUGAAAUUUGUCAAAAUCUCUCAUCUUUUCUCACUACCCAUUUCUCUGAAGUUUGCUGAAAUCUCUGUUUCCAGUAGAGAGAGAGAAAAUGGCAAAUAAGAAGAUAGAAGUGGUGAGGGGCAUAGAUUUGCAGACAUACAUGGGGAGAUGGUAUGAAAUUGCUUCUUUUCCAUCAAGGUUCCAACCCAAAACUGGGAUAAACACCAGGGCCACUUAUACUUUGAAGGAGGAUGGAACUGUUAAUGUGUUGAAUGAGACUUGGCUUGAUGGGAAGAGGAGUUAUAUUGAGGGAAGUGCUUAUAAGGCUGAUCCAAAGAGUGAUGAGGCAAAAUUGAAGGUGAAAUUUUAUGUGCCUCCUUUCCUUCCUGUGAUCCCUGUGACUGGGGAUUACUGGGUUAUGUACUUGGAUGAGGAUUAUCAGUAUGCCUUGAUUGGCCAGCCAUCUAGGAGGUACUUGUGGAUUCUUUGCAGGCAAAACCAGAUGGAUGAGGAGGUUUAUAACCAACUCCUUGAUAAGGCCAAGGAGCAAGGCUAUGACAUAUCAAAACUCAAAAGAAGCACUCACUCUGACCCACCACCCCCUUCUGAAGAUGAUGGCCCAAAAGACACAAAAGGCAUUUGGUGGAUCAAAUCCAUUUUGGGCAAAUGAUAAAACAUGAAGAGAGACCUCUCCAUCCUCCAAAAUGAAUGAAGGCUCCAAUCAAAUGUUUUGAAUGAAUUUGUGUUUCCACUUUGUUGUCUUUUGAUUUAUUUAUAUAGAAAGAUUGAGUUUUAAGAGUUAGGUUUGGUGUUAUUGCAAAGGGUCAUGUUGGUCCAAUGUGCAGUUUACUUUUUCAAGUUUGAAUAUUUUCACUGGUUAGUGGGGUGGGAUUGGUUUCACUAAUAAUGUGGAGUAAGUCUUGAUGCAUUUGCAUAGUUUAUAAUGAGUAAUUGCAGAGGCCUGUUAUGUAUUC